AUGUCUACCACAGCACCAACAUCAGAUACCCCUUCCUACUGUAUCGCCGACUUCUCAUUGAUCCCGAUCGGAUCCUCAGCUUCAUCAUUCGCCCACGAAAUCGCAGGUGUCCAGCGUCUUGUCCGCGAAUCCGGAUUAAAGAAUGAAAUGCACGCUACGGGAACACGGGUUGAGGGACCGUGGGAUCUCGUUAUGCGGUUGAUUGGUACUGCGCAUACUUGUGUGCAUCAUAGUGGUAUACCGAGGAUUCAGACUGAUGUGCGGAUGUUGACAAGGACUGAUAAGGAUGAGUCGGUCGAGGAGGGUAUGCAGGAGGUUGAAAAGAUUCUUGCUGCGGAUGUGUAG